AUGGCUGAUGCUAACACACAAAGGACCAUGUCUAUCGUCCCUUAUGGGACGACUCGCGACGUUGUUCUUCGACAUGAUGAUUCCGUGGUGGUUUUCGACCACGCUUCGCGGUCCCUUGUCCUCCGGCACGCACCCCCGGACGCCGACGUAGAGCUGGCAGACUGUCCUUAUUGUCAUCGUCCAAUACGGGAUUCUCAGGAUGCCACUCGAGAUUCCAAUCGCGGACCCAAUUCCACAGCUCAGCCAGGAUUCGUGAACCCUGACUACUUCCGAAUGCUAGACUCUAGCUUGCCCAGUUCUCUCAAUGCAUCCAGGCCGCCCUCCCCUCGACGACGAUUAGUUCAGCCAGCACAGCCGGAAACUUCGUCUUCUGCCGCUGAUAAUGGGACUGCACCCCCGUUUGCAAAUAAAAUAUCGUCCGCGGCCUUUAGCCCGAACUAUUUCAAGCGCUUCUUUGUCGAGGAGCGAGAACUUGGGAGAGGAGGAAAGGGGGUAGUUUUGCUGGUUAAACAUGUUCUGGAUGGCGUUUCGUUGGGAUACUAUGCUUGUAAACGUGUCCCAGUUGGAGAUGAUCAUGAGUGGCUGAAGAAGGUUCUGGUUGAGGUGCAAUUACUUCAACAUCUUUCACACCAGAACUUGGUCUCGUACCGACAUGUAUGGUUAGAGGACGUAAAGCUCAGCAAUUUUGGGCCGAGCAUUCCUUGUGCCUUUAUUCUGCAGCAAUACUGCAAUGCCGGAGAUCUCCAUCAGUACAUAUGCGGCCCGAAACAGCCUACCACCACAGCCCAGCAAUUGAAGGAGCGGCUAAGGCGAAGAUCAAAGGGCCAGCCGGAGCCUCCUUCUGGCGCAGCAGGCUUCCGAAAACUCCAGUUUGAUGAAAUAUACUCACUCUUCAAAGAUAUAACUUCCGGCCUACUCUUUCUUCACAACAAUGGCUUUAUUCACCGCGAUCUUAAACCUAACAACUGCCUGCUACAUGACACAGGACAGGAACUAAGAGCCCUUGUGAGUGACUUUGGUGAGGUACAAUAUGAGCACGCUGUUCGCAGUUCUACUGGAAAUACAGGGACGAUUUCAUACUGUGCGCCUGAGGUUCUACGACGUCUGGAUCCCGAAGGACCAUUUGGAAAUUUCACGUUCAAGUCUGAUAUCUUUUCGCUCGGCAUGAUCCUCUACUUCCUCUGCUUUGCUCAACUCCCGUACCGCAACGCCGAUAUCAUCGACGAAGAUAAGGAGGAUCUCGACAAACUGCGCGCCGAGAUUAGCCAGUGGUCAGGUUUCGAUGACGCCCGACGGAUGAGACUAGACCUACCCGAGAAACUCUAUUCAUUUCUAAAAAGGCUCUUGUCCGUUGACCCGGACAAGCGACCUACCGCGGAAGAAGUCCUCAAGGGGAUCCAGGCGGGUGUUGCAGGUGCUAAUACCGAAGGUCGUCGCUUCCACAGUCUCAGAAACAAUGGAACAUCGGCUGCUGACAUUCGUUCAGGCCCUCGCGUUUUGGCGGAGACCUCUCCCAACCAAUCCGCAACCUCCCAUAGCCCAAGGAGCCCAGGUAGGAACUUGUCUUCCAAUGCAACGGGAUUUCCUGGUGGGGUUCCUGUCCUCCAAUCCCCCGCCUUUCGGUCGGAUGGUACAGAACAUGCAACCAGCUUGCCAAGGGAGCGGCAUCGAUCUCAGAGCGCGGAUCAUGGUCUAGUCCUUCGGGCGGCAACUGUAUCCCCCUCCCACCGUGCCAGCCAGACACAACAGCAGCAGCGUAAUAAUGGCGAUAAUACUAGCCACACACGUGUCUCCUCGCGGCACCUCCUCCUUCCGCCUCCCAACGAACCAAACCGGGCUUCAAUUUUCACCUCCGCUACUCUCUACCACACCAUAGAGAAGAUCAUCAGCUUCUCCCUACUUAUCGCUAAACUCCUAUCCAUCACACAACCAUGUUCGCCGCUGGCGGUUAAUCCAUGGAUCUUAUACCCCCUUGUUUCCCUGGCUGCGUUGGAUUUAGCUGUGAAGAAUCCGUUGGUGCAUGCCGCUGCGUUUGUUUUCCAUGUUGCUGUUGUGGUGUGGGCUGUAAGGUCAGACGUGCUAUGUCUGUGGGUGCCGGAAACGUCUGGGACUAUUCAUGGGAUAUAA